GCUCUUCACAACUCUUCUUCCUCAUCUUCACCGGCCACUCUGUAUCCAUCUCCGGCGAAUUUCCCGGCCAUUUCAGCGCUUUUUAGCUGAUAAAUUCGCCGGCAUUCUCUCUUCCUCCUCCAAAUUCCCCUGCUUUUGUUAUCUUUCCGGUUGUAAAGUCGAGAUAAAUAGACAAUGGCGGAGAAUAUCCGGAGACCGGCUUUGAUGGCUGCUCUAUUUCUGGUCCUCUGUUUUCCGGCGGCUCUCGCCGGGCAUGACUACCGACAGGCUCUGUCGAAGAGCAUUCUUUUCUUCGAAGCUCAGAGAUCUGGUGUUCUUCCUCGUAGCCAGAGGGUUACUUGGCGUUCUCACUCCGGUCUUAACGACGGCAAAUCCAGUGGUGUAAGUCUCCCCUCUCUAUAUAUCAUUCACAUGUGCCGGAAAAUGUUGCAUUUUCUCGCUCGCCGGAAAUGGGAAGCUAAUCUCAGGUCUUUCUGGUCCGAUUUAGACAACGAUUACGCUCUAAAGUUCAGUAUCCAGAAAUUUUGGGUGAAUCUGGUCGGAGGGUACUACGACGCCGGAGACAACGUGAAAUUCGGACUUCCGAUGGCUUUCACGGUGACGAUGAUGUCGUGGAGCGUAAUCGAGUACGGAAAGCAAAUGGCGGAAAACGGCGAGCUCGGCCACGCCAUGGACGCCAUCAAAUGGGGCACUGAUUACUUCAUCAAAGCCCAUCCCGAGCCCAACGUUCUCUACGGAGAGGUGGGAGAUGGAAACACCGACCAUUACUGUUGGCAGAGACCGGAGGACAUGACGACUGACCGGAAGGCGUACCGGGUCGACCCGAGCAAUCCCGGGUCGGAUCUCGCCGGAGAAACCGCCGCCGCCAUGGCCCCCCCCUCUAUCGUCUUCCGCCGCUCGAACCCUGCCUACUCUAGGCUCCUCCUCAAGCACGCCUAUCAGCUUUUCGAUUUCGCGGAUAAAUACAGAGGAAAAUACGACAGCAGCAUCACCGUUGCGCAGAAGUACUACCGAUCCGUCAGUGGUUACAACGACGAGUUGCUGUGGUCGGCGGCGUGGUUGUACCAGGCGUCGAACAACCAGUACUACUUGGACUACUUGGGUCGGAAUGGUGACGCCAUGGGUGGAACUGGUUGGGCCAUGACCGAGUUCGGUUGGGACGUCAAGUAUGCUGGUGUUCAGACCCUUGUAGCCAAGUUCUUGUUGCAAGGGAAAGCAGGACGUCAUGCCCCAGUGUUCCGGAGAUACCAACAGAAGGCGGAGUUCUUCAUGUGUGGUUUGAUCGGUAAGGGUGCAAGAAACAUCCAGAAGACACCCGGCGGUCUGAUUUUCAGACAGCGGUGGAACAACAUGCAGUUUGUCACGAGCGCUUCUUUCGUGGCCACUGUUUACUCUGAUUACCUUUCUUCUGCUAGAACCAGCUUGGCUUGUCCCUCAGGCAAUGUCCCUCCUUCGCAGCUUCUGUCUUUCGCGAAAUCUCAGGUUGACUACAUUCUUGGAGACAACCCGAGGGCCACAAGCUACAUGGUCGGAUAUGGUAACAACUACCCUCAGAGGGUUCACCACAGGGCCUCUUCCAUUGUCUCCUACAAGGUGGAUCACUCUUUUGUCACAUGCCGAGGUGGAUAUGCCACGUGGUUCAGCCGGAAAAGCAGUGACCCGAACGUCCUGACUGGUGCCCUUGUUGGUGGGCCGGACGCGUAUGACAACUUUGCUGACCAGAGGGAUAACUACGAGCAGACCGAACCGGCUACAUACAACAACGCCCCACUCCUGGGUGUGCUUGCUCGUCUGAGCAGCGGCCCAUCUCGUUAUAACCAGCUUCUUCCUGAGGUGGUUCCCGCUCCUGUUGUCAAGAAACCGAUGCCUACUCCAAAACCGAAAGUGACUCCUGUUCCUGUGUCAUCGUCCGGGCCACUUGCCAUAGUUCAGAAGAUGACAGCGUCGUGGACGGCAAAGGGAAAGACCUACUACAGAUACUCGACGAGGGUGACUAACCAAUCGGCAAAAGCUCUGAAAAGUCUCAACCUUUCAAUCAAGAAUCUAUAUGGACCCAUAUGGGGACUGAGGAGAUCCGGCGAUUCCUACGCAUUGCCGUCGUGGAUGAGCUCUUUACCGGCUGGAAAGUCCAUUGAAUUCGUCUACAUCCACUCCGCAUCUCCAGCUGACGUCUCUGUGUCAGGCUUCACCUUGGCUUGAACCAACCGAAAGAAAAAAUGGAGGUUGUGCAGAAAAGCGAAGAGAGGUUUGGUUUCUGUGGCAUUAGGAGGAGGUAGAAAAGUAAAAAAGAAAAAAAAGGGGCUGAGGAAGGGGUGGAAGAAAGGUGUGAAGAGACGGAGAAAUGAACUCCUUUCAAAAGGGAAGGGUCGAAGUGCUCAUCCUCUUUCUCCACCAACUUCCAGUCCUUUAAAAAAAACACACACAUAUAUAUAUAUAGAAAUAUUGGAUAGUGGUUGGGUAAAUGUGGGGGGAAGGCGUGUGUUUGCAAGGGCUUGUUUUUCAUUCCUUGUGCUCAAGAAACGUAUCAUAUAUCGUGUGUGUGUGUGUUGUGUGUGUCCUUUUGGGGUCUUUUUCCUUAUUGAUUCGUCAGUCAGUUGUAAUCUCAGCAACAGUCUAAAUGAAAUGUGAUUUGGUCGUGACAAUUUAUUCUC